UCACUCUAAACUUUAAACUUAAAAACUUUACUAAGAAAAUAUAUCACUUUAUCAUCAAAUCAAUUUCAUUCCGAGAAAAAUGUUUCUAUUUGGAGGUAUAAAAUCCUUAACGAAUAUAUCACCACGGAAUGUUGUGGUCCGCAACUUCAAGGUAGCCAUAGUUGGUGCUGGAGGAGGAAUAGGGCAACCGCUAUCGCUCUUGAUUCGUCGAAUUCCUGGCAUUGAUGAGCUGGCUUUACAUGAUCUCUCCGAUACUAAGGGAAUCGCUGCGGACUUAUCGCAUAUCAGCCAAUGGGGAAGAGUUUUAGCUUUUAAGGGCGAUGAGGAACUGGAACCGGCACUGUGUGGAGCGGAUGUAGUGGUUGUGGCUGCAGGUAUGCCACGUCGCCCAGGAAUGGAAAGAGAUCAGCUAAUGGCCGUCAAUGGCGGUUUGGCAAUCAAGGUUGCCACUGCCGUUGGCAAAGCCUCUCCAGGUGCACUCUUGGCUUUCAUCACCAAUCCCAUCAACAUGAUUAUACCAACGGCAGCGGAAGUCCUUAAGGCCCAAGGGAUCUUUGAUCCUCGUCGUCUCUUCGGUGUUACCGCUUUGGAUGUAGUGCGUUCGGAAAAGUUUAUAAGUGAUUUUAUGAACAUUUCCCCGAAUGGAGUAAACAUUCCUGUGAUCGGUGGCCAUGCCGGCAUCACAAUUCUACCGCUCAUCUCUCAGUGCAAGCCGGGUUUUAAGGGUACUUCCGAAGAUAUCGAAAAACUUACCUAUCGCAUCCAAGAAGCGGGAACAGAGAUAGUCAAUGCCAAGGCUGGCCUGGGAUCAGCAACCCUAUCUAUGGCCUACGCCGCUGCAAGUUUCGUGGAAUCCCUGAUCCGAGGACUUAAUGGUCAGGAGGACGUAGUCGACUGUGCCUACGUCGCAUCGGAAUUAACUGAUGCACCUUUCUUUGCUAGUUCUUUGGAAUUGGGAAAGUAUGGAAUUAAGAGUUAUCCGCCACUUCCACAAAUGAGUGACUACGAAAACGAGUCUUUGGAAAAACUACUACCUAUUCUACGACAAAAUGCCGACGAGGGUGUUGCUUUUGCGAGGAAGUGUCUAAAGGAUAUAUCUCCUAUUCCAGCAGCUUUGCCCUGAGAUCAGAAAGAUAUAAAUAUAUAUUUUAUACACAUUAAAUAACUUUACUUAAACACUUUCAUGGCAUUAGGGUUAAGAGUUGUGAUGGCAAAUCUUUAAAUUCAUUUGGUUUUAUUUCUGUUUAAAUUGCCGCAAAUAAAUUGCUUCCAAAAUAUAUCUGUGGGC